AUGUCACAAAUCGGAGAUCGAUCGUGCCUGCCGCCUGCUGUCACACCGAGAACUGGGCUUCCCACGGACGUUCCACGGCCCACGAACCGUAUGUACCUAGUACGGCCACCUAACGGGCUUGCCCCUGACGAAGAGACGGGGAUGCUGCCAUUCAGUUACCUCUCAUCACCUGACAACAAGUCGCUGCACGGCAGUUGGCUUUUGGGAAUUGAGUGGCCGCUCAACUGGCCGCUCGCCUUUUUCGGUGUCGGUCAGGAGCAGUCGAUUAAUCUUCCCCAGGUGCGGCUAGGAAUCUCGAAGAUCCCUGACAGAAACAGGACGUGGAAGGUAACUAAUCAGUCGCAGGGUAUUCGCCGCUUUCGUGCAUCCUGA